AUGGCUGUAGAGGUACAUUCAAAACAUGUUUGUCAUCUGCACUGCGGCGAACUUCGAGGUCAUAUUGCCAUUGAGACGUGGCUGAAUCCAAGUCUUCAAUUCAAACCAUAUUGGGUUGUAGUAAUCAGACUUGAAAAGGUCAGUAGCGCGGGCUGUGCCUUCGGCAGUGAUCAGGAAGACGGACUAGAUCAACGUAGUAACGAGAAACGUCCUUCGAGAAUGUCAUACGCUAUGGACAUGAAAUGGUUUCCGUAUUCGAGAUCAGCUUAA